GGGUCUGGCUGAGGAGCAGGAGGUGGCCGUGGCUGUUGUGGUGGUGACAGGUGACAGCAGCUGGCUGCUGCAGGAGGAGCCCAGCGUGAGGGUGGCACGACCUCUCCAAUAAGGGACAGCGGGAGCUGCUGGGUCAGUUCUGGGUUAAUCACUUGGUGUGGAACAGGAUAAGGACUGAUGGAUUUUUGUCUUUUCUUUGUUUUGCAAUGAGCUAGACAGUGACAGUGUGGAAGGCACAAGGCUGAUCAGGGAACCGUCCAGGGCUCGUGAGCAACUCGCUGCACCAGAACUGUCCUUUGGAGACCCCUCUGGCUGUCCUGGCUGUAUCGGGUGAGGCUCAGGGACUCCUCAGGUCAAUGCUGGCAGCUUUGUGGGCACUCGUUCAGGCUGUGGCGUGUGGUAGAGCCUCUCUCGGAGCCCAGACCCACGGUGGAUGCCCCCCCCCCCGCCUCCGUCCCUGCCAGGCUCCCUGCCGUGCGCGCCCCUUCGGUCUCCAUAGUGUUUCCUGGGUGUUCUGCUGAGGGCCCGGUGCUGAGGGUGAGGAGUGGGGCUGAGAGAUGAGAAGGGGCUGAAGCCAGGAUGGAGCUGCUCGGGGACCGCGUGGCUGCUGGAAGUCCUUCGUCCCCAUCAGCCCCUGCUUGGAGGGAGGGUCCCCUCGUCCUGCGCGUCCCGCUGCGGGGCAGCCCCCGCCCGGCUGUCCCACUCUGUCCAGUGUACCCUCCCGGUUCCGUUCGCAUUAAACCACUGUGAAGCCAAGUCUCCGCCUCGUCCUGCGGGCAGCGGGGCGGGUGGGGGGGGCGGCGGGAGGGCCUCCCGCGCGGCAGGGGGCGCCGAGCAGCGAAAAGCGCGGGCGGCCUCCCCGCCGCCAGGGGGCGCUCGUGCGGGCGGAAGCGGCGCGGAGGCGCGAUGUCGCGGGCGGAGCGGCCGGCGCCGCGGCGCCGCUCCCCGAGCCGUCCCGACCUGCUGCGGGACGGGGCCGGCUCGCCGCUCUCCCCGUUCUACCGCAGCUUUUUCGAGGACGAGUGCCGCACCAUCGCCGCCCGCCUGCUCGUGGGCUCCGCCGCCACUCCCGGGCCUUCUCCCGGCCCGGCGGAGAGCGGCGCGCCGUGGCCGCCCCCCGCCGCCCCUCUCGUCACCUCCACGCCCUUCGAGUCCUCGCCGCCCCCCGCCGCGGGCAGUCCGCCCGUAGCCGCCCUCCUCGGCCGCCCCCGGGGGGCAGCGCGGCGCCUCGCUUCGCCCCGUGCCGGGGGGCGCUCCCGCCUGGCCCGCCCGCAGCCCCGCCGGGCCGGGCAGCUCCCCCCCGGCCGGCCCCCCGCCCGCUCCCCGCGCCGCGCCGCUGGAAGGCCGUCCCCGGCCCGGCCGCGGGCCUCCGUGGGGCCGGAGCCGCGGGGGGCUGGCAAAGGGCCCGGUGCCCCCGCUGCCAAGCUGCCCGCGCCCCCAGGUGCUAAGCUGAAGGCGAUGCCGGCUGCCAAGUCCGGGCUGCAGCAUCCCACCUACAGGGCCUCACAGCUGGCACGGCCGUCCGCCGGGCCCAAGGCGCCACCCCGGGACAGAGCGACGGAAACUGCUGGCAAAGCUGGGGGCCGCAGACAGCCCCCUCAGAGGAUUCCCACCUCAAUUCCUACCGUGGCUUCUCGCUCCCGAUUGCAGCCUGCGGGAAAAGCGGCUUCUUCCAAGCGUGCUCACCCAGGUCGUACUUCAGAAUCGACUCCACAGGAACCAGUGUGCAACAGGACCCGAGAGCUGAUGGAAAACGAUAAAGCUGACCAGACGUGGGUGUGUGUGGGGUCCCCUUAUCUCAGAGAACUGCACCCUGGCGCUGUUUCUGGCUGUGGGGAUGCAGCCUGUGCUGCACAGCCUGCAGGUUGCCAGCUGUCCCAGGAGCUGGAGCACGUGAAGAAAGAGCUGGAGCGAGUGAAAGGAGAGCUAGCUGAUAAGACUGCUCAGUGUGAAGCCUACUGUCAGACAAUCUCCUCCUUGCAGGCUCAGCUCAGAGCAGCAGGAAUCUGCUUAGAAGAUGCUGCAGAGGAUAACAGCGGCAUCUGGGAGAGAGACUGACAGCUUCCCCCAGCACACGGGACAGAUGGCAGCGACUUGUCCAGGCACCUGAGCUGCUGGGCCAGUGAUAUUUACAGAGCAUUUGCACAAAUGGACUUUUUUAACUCCUUGUAUUUAAAAUAAACCUGUCUAUUCUUGCA